AUGGUGAUCUUGGCUGAGGAAGUACAGAUGCAUGUGAUGGAGGAACAAGAGAUCGCUGUACCUGGUCCAGACUCUGCUCCUCUUGAUUCUUCCGUGAGGGAGGCUCCUGCUGAUCCUUUUCGAUCGGAAUUGUUGCUAUCCACCAGGACCUCUUUGGCUGAUCCUGAUGAUCCCAGGUAUGUCAGGGCCAAUACUAUGGAGAUUACAAUGAUGGCAGAUGGCAACAAUGCACCAGCUAAUGCAGGCAGCGACAACGACAGUUCCAUGGAUGACCCAUGGAAUGACCCAAAGGAUGCAAAUGUGGGUGACUUGAGUGAGUCUCCCAGCAACUUUGAUUUCUCCCUUAACAGUGCUGAUUUGGAACGACAUAUCCGGAACAGUGCGGUGCAGAGCGUUGCGUUCGAGUAUGUAUACAGCAAUGCCUACGACAUUGUUUACAGCAUCUGUACCUGGCCCAGGCUCCUCCUGAGCUAUUGCUUGAAUUUGUUUCGCUUUGCCAGAAAGAAGGAUGAUGAUGGACCAGCGCCACCACAGGAGGAUAAUCAUGUUCAAGACAUGGCAAUUGCGGCUUCCCAAUCAGCAGUCAUCGGCGUAGGAGCAGGAGUCCUGGCUGGUCAGUCGGCUGCUGCUGGAGUCGGGGUUUCGACGAUGUCGGCUGCCAUCUCUGCUCUUUCGACACCUACUAUGAUUGGGCUUGCUGUGGCAGUUGCCAUUGCAGUGGCUGCUACUACGACUGGUGUUGCUACAGGAAUCAGUAGUGGUAGUGACAACAAUGCGGCUGGUCCUGGCCCCUGUGCUGGUAGUAGUGGAUCCAUGGAUGUCAAGCAAGGUGUCUUGCAAAUAGUCUUUUCUUCAUCAGACUCUAACAGUGAUCAUAACAGUAUCAUUGAUGCUCCCUUGACAAGUACAUUGCUGCUAGAGAACAAGGAAGAAUUGGAAAACAUUUUUGUACAGGUUUACAACAACGUCACUGCCAAUUCCACCAACGGUGCCCUCAUUGAUCAGUGUGAUAUUCCCCGUAUCCCAUCAGGUGGUGUCCAGCUGAUGCAGGUUGAGUCGUCUGAGGAGGACAAUUUUACGAAUUCCUUUUGGGUUGCUGAUGUUCAGUGCAAUGGAUGCUCCGACACGGACCCACUUUUUGGAACCAACACCGAAGCGAGUCCCCAACUUGAUCCUGUGAGGGCUGUUGAUGAUUUUUUCGACCAGUUUACUCAAGCAAUACAGCCCAUUCUGACUACCAAUGAUCUAACACAAGAAACUGAUCCAAUAACCAGCCCACUGCAGCAGGAACAAGAAAGUCCACCCGUAGACAUUUUGUUUGUGGCUCUGGUGGAUCCCACGACAGGAGAGAUACUCCCAGAACAGCCACAACGGCUGGGGCCUGGUGAUAUGAUUGAGCUAUUGCCCAACAUUGAUACUGUUUGGAAUAGUAACAUUAAUGAUCCCGAACAAGAUCAACUAGAAGUUCCACAGAUGCCAACUCCUUCAGCAACAACAGCUGCUGCUCCAAUAGCCCAUGCUGAUAGAGUGUCAAACCCUACAACAAACCCUCAAACAAACAGCCUCAUACAGCAAGAUUUAGCUCCCAACUAUCCCGGACAAGAUUCUGUACCCACAAAUCCUGCACAUGCCGCGCCUACAAAUGCCAAAACCCCAGAGCCAAGUCCCACUCUAGCGCCAGCAAGUACUCCCGAACAACAAGACCAAACGUCUAUUUUCCCCCACCUAGCACCAUCAGCUAUAUCAAGUCCCAGUGACGCAACUGCAAAUAGCCUGCCUUCUUUUGUGAUUGUCUCACCUAGUCAGACAGCGGCAGGACCACCAUCAAUGGUUAUUCCAACUGUUGCUUCUGGCCCAACAAGUCCUGGCCCCACCAAUUAUUUAAGCAGAAUUCCCAGUAUCAACACAUUUCCACCGGCAGCAAUGAGUCCAUCACAUUCCUCAGCCAACAGGGACCAAGCUCCAAGCAAUGAUAAGCAAGCACCUCAGCCUAACAAUCAGAAAAGCGCACUACCGCCCAUUGCAACAAUAAAGAAUCCCAAUCCGUCCUUUGUGAUACCAGCCCCUCCACCAGCUGGCAGUGGAAACAAUGGUAUCACUCAAUCGAUUGAUGGUCAACCAAUGAUGCCUUCUGGAGAUGACAGCAUGCCUUCUAGCAGCACAACGAAGAGUCCCUCACAAGAAGAUACCACCACACCAGGUGUCCCCCUUUCUGAAGUGCCUAACAACCCUGUUCUGGUGCCUGUUGGUGGCUCUGUAACUUCUGAAACCUAUUCAGCUGUGCCAUCAACAAAUACGAUGCCUCCAACAAGAGACAUGCUUUCACCAGAGUCAUGUGCUGCCUACCUUUGA